UGGAGGGGCGGGGUUGCGCGCGCGGCUGAGGCAGCAGCUGGAGCUGGGAGGGGAGCGGCCCAGUGGCCGCUAGGCGCUCUCCGCCAUGGAGGCCGUGCCCCGGAUGCCCAUGAUCUGGCUGGACCUGAAGGAGGCCGGUGACUUCCACUUCCAGUCAGCGGUGAAGAAGUUUGUCCUGAAGAAUUACGGAGAGAACCCAGAAGCCUACAAUGAGGAACUGAAGAAGCUGGAGUUACUCAGACAGAAUGCUAUUCGUGUUGCACGGGACUUUGAGGGCUGCAGUGUCCUUCGAAAGUAUCUUGGCCAGCUACACUACCUGCAGAGUCGGGUGCCCAUGGGCUCAGGCCAGGAGGCCGCUGUAGCUGUCACCUGGACUGAGAUCUUCUCAGGAAAGUCUGUGGCCCAUGAAGACAUCAAGUACGAGCAGGCCUGUAUUCUCUACAACCUUGGUGCAUUGCACUCCAUGCUGGGGGCUAUGGACAAGCGGGUGUCUGAGGAGGGCAUGAAAGUCUCCUGCACCCACUUCCAGUGUGCAGCAGGUGCCUUUGCCUACUUGCGUGAGCACUUCCCACAGGCCUUCAGUGUAGACAUGAGUCGCCAGAUCCUCACUCUCAAUGUCAACCUCAUGCUGGGCCAGGCUCAGGAGUGCUUGUUGGAGAAGUCCAUGUUGGACAACCGGAAGAGCUUUCUAGUGGCCCGCAUCAGUGCACAGGUGGUAGAUUACUACAAGGAGGCAUGCCGGGCCUUGGAAAACCCUGAAACCGCUUCCCUGCUGGGCCGUAUCCAGAAAGACUGGAAGAAGUUGGUCCAGAUGAAGAUCUACUACUUUGCAGCUGUGGCUCAUCUGCACAUGGGGAAGCAGGCUGAGGAGCAACAGAAAUUUGGGGAACGGGUGGCCUACUUCCAGAGUGCCCUGGACAAGCUUAAUGAAGCUAUCAAGUUGGCCAAGGGCCAGCCUGACACUGUGCAGGAUGCACUUCGAUUUGCUAUGGAUGUCAUUGGGGGAAAAUAUAAUUCUGCCAAGAAGGAUAAUGACUUUAUCUACCACGAGGCUGUGCCAGCACUGGAUACCCUUCAGCCUGUGAAAGGAGCCCCCUUGGUGAAGCCCUUGCCAGUGAACCCCACAGACCCAGCUGUUACAGGUCCCGAUAUCUUCGCCAAAUUGGUACCUAUGGCUGCCCAUGAGGCCUCAUCACUGUACAGCGAGGAGAAGGCCAAGCUACUUCGGGAAAUGCUGGCUAAGAUUGAAGACAAGAAUGAGGUCCUAGAUCAGUUCAUGGACUCAAUGCAGCUUGACCCUGAGACAGUAGACAACCUAGAUGCCUACAACCAUAUUCCACCCCAGCUCAUGGAGAAGUGUGCGGCACUCAGUGUCCGGCCUGACACCGUCAAGAACCUUGUCCAGUCUAUGCAGGUGCUGUCAGGUGUGUUCACGGAUGUGGAGGCCUCCCUCAAGGACAUCAGGGAUCUGCUGGAGGAAGAUGAGCUGCAGGAGCAGAAACUGCAGGAGACCCUGGGUCAGGCUGGGGCUGCCCCUGGCCCCUCCGCGGCCAAGGCUGAGCUCGUAGAGGUGAGGCGAGAGUGGGCCAAGUACAUGGAAGUUCAUGAAAAGGCUUCCUUCACCAACAGCGAGCUGCACCGUGCUAUGAAUCUACACAUUGGUAACUUGCGCCUGCUCAGUGGACCACUGGAUCAGGUGCGGGCUGCCCUACCCACGCCAGCCCUUACCCCAGAGGACAAAGCUGUGCUGCAAAACCUGAAGCGCAUCCUAGCCAAGGUGCAGGAGAUGCGGGACCAGCGUGUGUCCCUGGAGCAGCAGCUCCGAGAGCUGAUCCAGAAGGAUGACAUCACUGCCUCCCUGGUCACCACUGACCACUCAGAGAUGAAGAAACUGUUUGAGGAACAACUGAAGAAGUAUGAUCAGCUGAAGGUGUACCUGGAGCAGAACCUGGCUGCCCAGGACAAUGUCCUCCGGGCACUGACUGAGGCCAAUGUGCAGUAUGCAGCUGUGCGGCGGGUGCUUAGUGAGCUGGACCAAAAGUGGAAUUCCACACUGCAGACCCUGGUGGCUUCCUAUGAAGCCUAUGAGGACCUGAUGAAGAAGUCCCAGGAAGGCAAGGACUUUUAUGCAGACCUGGAAAGCAAGGUAGCCACCCUGCUGGAACGGGCACAGUCCAUCUGUCGUGCCCAAGAGGCUGCCCGCCAGCAGCUCCUGGACAGGGAGCUGAAGAAGAAGGCACCACCACCUCGGCCCACAGCCCCCAAACCAUUGCUCGCCCGCCGUGAGGAGGGUGAGGCAGUAGAGACUGGAGACCCACCUGAGGAGCUGCGCAGCUUGCCCCCUGAUAUGGUGGUUGGCUCCCGGCUGCCUGACCCAUUCCUAGGAACUACUGCCCCACUCCACUUUUCUCCUGGCCCCUACCCUAGCUCCACAGGCCCAGCAGCCCACUAUCUCUCAGGACCCUUACCCCCUGGAACCUAUUCAGGCCCCACUCAACUGAUGCAGCCUAGGGCUGCAGUGCCCAUGGCAUCUGGGACAGUCCUCUACCCAGCCCCCGCCUACACAUCGGAGUUGGGCCUUGUACCCAGAUCCUCUCCCCAGCAUGGAGUUGUAAGCAGUCCCUAUGUGGGGGUAGGGCCACCUCCACCAGUUGUAGGUCUUCCCUCUGCUCCACCUCCCCAGUUCUCAGGACCUGAGUUAGCCAUGGCAGUUCGGCCAGCUACCACCACCGUAGAUAGUGUCCAGGCCCCUAUCUCUAGCCAUACAGCACCACGGCCAAACCCUACCCCAGCUCUUCCCCAGCCCUGCUUUCCAGUGCCUCAGCCUGUGUCCCAGCCUGUUCCCCAACCACAGCCUCUGCCCACACCCUAUACUUUUUCUAUGGGGACCAAGCAGCACCUCACAGGCCCUCCACCACAGCACCACUUCCCUCCUGGGAUCCCCACAGGCUUUCCAGCCCCCAGGAUUGGGCCCCAAGCUCAGCCUCAGCCCCACCCCCCACCCCCACCCCCACCUGCACAAACAACAUUUGGGCCACAACCCCCACAACAACCCCUUCCAUUCCAGCAUCCACAUCUCUUCCCAUCUCAGGCCCCAAGGGUCCUUCCUCCACUUCCCUACCCUUUUACCCCUCAGCCUGGUGUCUUGGGGCAGCCCUCACCCACCGUGCACAGCCAGCUCUAUCCAGGCCCAUCUCAAGACCCUCUUCCCCCACACUCGGGGGCUCUGCCUUUCCCUAGCCCUGGGCCUCCUCAUCCUCACCCCACCCUGGCAUAUGGCCCUGCCCCUUCCCCUAGGCCCCUGGGUCCUCCGGCAACUCCUGUUUCUAUUCGAGGCCCCCCACCAGCCAGUCAGCCCACCCCUAGUCCCCACUUGGUGCCUUCACCUGCCCCAUCGCCAGGGCCUGGUCCAGUACCUUCAAGGCCUCCAACAGCAGAGCCACCACCGUGCUUGCGUCGAGGUGCUGCAGCUGCAGACCUGCUGUCUUCUAGCCCUGAGAGCCAGCAUGGAGGUACUCAGCCUCCUGGGGGUGGACAGCCCCUGCUGCAGCCUACCAAGGUAGAUGCAGCUGAAGGCCGUCGGCCACAGGCCCUGCGGCUGAUUGAGCAGGACCCCUACGAACAUCCUGAGAGGCUGCGGCAGUUGCAGCAGGAGCUGGAGACCUUUCGGGGACAGCUGGGGGAUGUAGGAGCACUGGAUGCAAUCUGGAGAGAGUUGCAAGAGGCACAGGAACAUGAUGCCCGAGGUCGAUCCAUUGCUAUUGCCCGCUGCUACUCGCUGAAGAACCGGCACCAGGAUGUUAUGCCCUAUGACAGUAACCGUGUAGUGUUGCGCUCAGGCAAAGAUGACUACAUCAAUGCUAGUUGUGUGGAGGGGCUCUCGCCAUACUGUCCACCCUUAGUGGCCACCCAGGCCCCACUGCCUGGCACAGCUGCUGAUUUCUGGCUCAUGGUGCAUGAACAGAAAGUAUCAGUCAUUGUCAUGUUGGUGUCUGAGGCAGAAAUGGAAAAGCAAAAGGUGGCACGCUACUUCCCCACUGAGAGGGGCCAGCCCAUGGUGCACGGAGCCCUGAGCGUGGCACUGAGCAGUGUUCGCACUACCGAAACCCAUGUGGAGCGGGUGCUGAGUCUGCAGUUCCGUGAUCAGAGCCUCAAGCGCUCUCUUGUGCACCUCCACUUCCCUACUUGGCCUGAGUUAGGCCUGCCAGACAGUCCUGGCAACCUGCUGCGCUUCAUCCAGGAGGUACAUGCACAUUAUUUGCACCAGCGACCUCUGCACACACCUAUUGUUGUACACUGCAGCUCUGGAGUGGGCCGCACAGGAGCCUUUGCACUGCUGUAUGCAGCGGUGCAGGAGGUAGAGGCUGGGAACGGGAUUCCUGAGCUGCCUCAGCUGGUGAGGCGGAUGAGGCAGCAGAGAAAACACAUGCUGCAGGAAAAACUGCACCUCAGGUUCUGCCAUGAGGCACUGGUGAGGCAUGUGGAGCAGGUUCUACAGCGCCAUGGUGUGCCCCCUCCAGGCAAGCCCGUGGCCAGCACAAGCAUCAGUCAGAAGAAUCACCUGCCUCAGGACUCCCAGGAUCUGGUCCUCGGUGGAGAUGUAUCCAUCAGUUCCAUCCAGGCUACCAUUGCCAAGCUCAGCAUCCGGCCCCUAGGUGGCUUGGAUUCCCCAGCUGCCAGCCUCCCGGGCCUUGUAGAAACCCCAGGUCUUCCACCAGCCAGCCUUCCAGAACCUACCCCUGUCCCAUCCUCUUCUCCUCCCCCUCUCUCUUCGCCUCUGCCUGAAGCCCCACAGCCAGAGGAGGAGCCACCAGUGCCUGAAGCCCCCAGCUUAGGGCCCCCCUCCUCAUCCCUGGAGCUGUUGGCCUCUCUGACUCCAGAGGCAUUUUCACUGGACAGCUCUUUGCGGGGAAAGCAACGGAUGAGCAAGCAGAACUUUCUACAGGCCCACAAUGGACAGGGUCUGAGGGCUGCCCAGCCUACGGAUGACCCCCUAAGUCUCCUGGAUCCACUCUGGACACUUAACAAGACCUGAACGGGCUUUGCUUCCCUGGUCCUUACACUACGUCUCCCAUCCCUGCUGCCUUCACUCUGCCAGAUGGAGGUGCCCUGCAGGCCUCAGGUCAGGCUCUGCUCCUUUGUGGAACCUGACAUCUUUCAGCUCUGGGCUACUGAAAUAAUAAACCUAUUCUGUGGCCAA